AUGACCUUUAUUUAGUUGUUUUAUUGAGCACAAUAUUCUUUUAAAAACUCAAUAAGAAUGUAUUACGCUAUACAACUUACAUUAAUGUCAUUAAAAUGACAUUAACUUUAAUAAUUUUACUUUUUUGACCAACUGGAUAAGGUUCGAGCAACAUACCGGCUAAUUGUGAAAACAGUUCGAUACAUAUUACGUUCACCCAAGCUUAAAUGAAUGGUUAUGCUGUUAAAUGCUGCGGAUAUUUGUGCACCACGCUGUCCGGUGCUGCAGGGAGCUGCACGUGGGGAGAUGCACGCGGCUCUGCGCCUGGCUGUAGUGGCAGUCCCCAUGGGUGUGCUCCUGUCCAGGACCAUGGCGUGGAUGUCCAGUGGCAAAACACACGCAGACCUCAUCAGCAGACUAAGAGAUCAUGGAGUCAUCCGGAGCGAUCGGGUAUUUGAUGCCAUGCUGGCAACCGAUAGAGGACUUUAUUCCAGAGACUAUCCUUAUACAGACUCUCCACAGACCAUAGGCUUCAGGGCCACCAUCAGCGCACCUCACAUGCAUGCUCAUGCUUUGGAGCUUCUAAGCGACAAACUUUCUGAAGGAGCGUCUGCGUUGGACGUGGGGUCUGGCAGUGGAUAUCUCACGGCCUGCUUUGCCAGAAUGACAGGGCCGAGUGGUAAAGUGGUCGGCAUUGAACACAUCGAGGAGCUGGUUCAAAUGUCUCUAAAAAACGUGCAGGCCGACGACCCCGUGCUGCUGUCAUCCGGACGCAUCAGGCUCAUCGUGGGAGAUGGGAGACUUGGCUAUCCAGACGGAGCUCCGUAUGAUGCUAUUCAUGUUGGGGCAGCUGCUGCCACAGUUCCCAAAGCUCUCUUGGAGCAGCUGAAGCCAGGCGGGCGCUUGGUUCUCCCAGUGGGCCCUGAAGGUGGCAACCAGGUGCUAGAACAGUAUGACCGGCAGAACGACGGGACCUUCACCAAGAAAGCUUUAAUGGGAGUGGUCUAUGUCCCCCUCACUGACAAGAGGCGCCAGUGGCCGGGAGGCGAGCUCUGACUGCAGUGUGGUUGCCCCCGCAGGAGGUGGCGCUGGUGCUGUACCUCUGGAGCCCUGUAGUCUCCUGCAUGUCUCACCGAACGAGCAAGCGCCCGCUGUUCCACCGGGUCGGCACCUAGCAACGUACGAGAGAGGAGUGCUGUUCUGUGCGCCUGAAUGGACCCGAGAGUUGAAACCACAGACUGGGUUGUCCCGAUUGACCUUUUCCCAGAAUCCCUAGAGUCUGUGAGAAUGCAAUGGUGAAUGAGGAAGCAGAAUUCUGUUGUUGCUUUGGUUACAUGCCGAGUAAGAAACCUUAACAUGUCCCACAAAACCUUUAGCAAACAAACUAAGUCAGAUAUAUUUUCAUGCGUUUCUAGAUGUCUCAAGUGUUUUUUGUUUUAAAAAAAUAAGUGUGCCAAAAGAGUUUUUAAUAGAAAAUCGCAAAAUCAGGUAAUUUUUUGUGGAAAGCCAUUCUAAAUAAAUCAUUAUUUAAGAUAUUCUUUGCCACUAAUUUAACAUUAAGGUAUAAACUAGUUAUAAGGGGGAAAAGACAUUUAUUUUUGUAAAAUUUGUGAAAGAAUAUGAAUAAAUUUCUCCUUAAACUGUGAUAAAAAUA